UACUAGAGGAGUAUUUCCAUCCUAUAGGCGCAGAGUAGCUGUGAUUGGUCCCCAAAAUAAUUGAUAGUUUACAAUCUGGCUGAACUAGAAGAGGUAUAAAAGUAUAUAAACGAAGGCAUUGAUUAGGGCUGCAAAACGACUCAACUUGUAAAGGUGAUUAGAUUUUAAAUUCUAACACAGUUUUUCUGACUGUGCUUCCUGUUUCCUGCAGACGUCCAGCAGCUGGUGGUUAAAGAAGAGGUUCCCCCUGAGCAGCAGGAGUGGAGCUCCAGUCUGGACCAGGAGGACCCAGAGCCCCCCCCAGACAUUAAAGAGGAACAGGAGGAACUCUGGAUCAGUCAGGAGGGAGAGCAGCUUCAUGGGCUGGAGGAGGCUGAUAUCAUUGAGUUCAUCUUCACUCCUGUCCCUGUGAAGAGUGAAGAUGAUGAAGAGAAACCUCAGUCCUCUCAGCUUCAUCAAAGACAAACUGAACACAUGGAAACAGAAGCUGAUGGAGAGGACUGUGGAGGACCAGAACCAGCCAGGAGCUCAGAUCCAGAGAGACAUUUACAACCAGAGACUGAGGACAACCCUGGAGACUCUCCUGAACCAGACACUGAAGACAACCCUGGAGACUCUUCUGAACCAGAGGCUGAGGACAACCCUGGAGACUCUUCUGAACCAGAGACUGAGGACAACCCUGGAGAUUCUUCUGAACCAGAGGCUGAGGACAACCCUGGAGACUCUCCUGAACCAGACACUGAAGACAGUGCUAGUUGGAGGGAGACCGGAGAACCUCAGUCAGGUUCAAACUCCCAGGAAAAUAAACAAGACCCUGUCAGUGAUUCAAGGUGUAGUGCUGGAGAGAAACGCUUUAGGUGCUCUCAGUGCAGGAAAAGAUUUGUCCGCAAGUUAGGUCUGAAAGUUCACAUGAGAGUUCACACAGGAGAGAAACCAUUCAGCUGCUCAGUCUGUAAGAAAUCAUUUUCAGUGAGAGGUCAGUUAAAGAGCCACAUGGCAGUUCAUACUGCAGAGAAACCAUACAGCUGCUCAGUCUGUGAGAAAUCAUUUAAACAGGAAAGAAGUUUAAAUAGACACAUGAUAGAGCACAUUGCAGUGAAACCAUACCGCUGCUCAGUCUGUAAGAAAUAUUUUACAAUAAAGGGACAUUUAACAAUUCACAUGAGAGUUCAUACAGGAGAGAAACCAUAUGGCUGCUCAGUCUGUAAGAAAUAUUUUACAAUAAAGUCAGGUUUAACAAGUCAUAUGAGAGUUCAUACAGGAGAGAAACCAUAUGGCUGCUCAGUCUGUAAUAAAUCAUUUACACAGGCUAAUAGUUUAAAUAGACACAUGAGCGUUCAUACAGGAGAGAAACCAUACAGCUGCUCAGUCUGUAAUAAAUCAUUUGCACAGGGAAACAGUUUAAAGAUACACAUGAGGACGCACAUAACCAAUCAGCCGCAGUGUUUCAGACUGAAGAUGGAUGACCAAGCUACAUCUGAUGAGACACAUGAUGAGGCCGAAGUGACUGAUGAUCGGAAAGAUUCCCUCAGUCAGUUUUAAAAUCUCUAAACAGUAACAAAGGUCCUGUCAGUGCUAUAAGACGCAUCACUAGCAAGCUACCAGUCAGAGAUCUGAGUGGGAAAUAUUAGGCCUGAAAGAAAGUCUGAAGAGACGUAAACAUCAGAUCAGUUCAUCAGCACAACUCUCAACAUCCAUAUCAAUAAUAUCAUCAGAACAUGAACAUAACCAAGAACCAUCAUUAUUCUUAUUUUACUCACUGUGCUUUUACUCUGUGUUUAUGUUUUAUGUUAUAAAUAUAUAUUUGAAUAAUU